UGCUUUAAAAGCGUUGCAGCCAGUGGAGAGUGUCAGUGCUUUUUCAUGCCACAAUGAAAAAGCUGUUGUGGGUUUUGUGUCUGCACAUUUUGUGCCUGUACAGUGGUGGUAGGAAUGGGGCAAAUGGGCAAGAUGACUUUAUGCUUCUUGAAGGUCCUCUAACAGAGCAGUUGGGGAAUGAUGCCUUUGACUGCAGUCACCCCUUACCUCCUGGUUCUAAACAGUACUUUGAGCAUCUCCACAGUAUAGGGGUGACCCACUUUAAAGUUCCUCUAUCAUGGGCUCAACUCCUCCCCACAGGUUACCCCAGCCAUUCACAGCAAGCUGUGGUCAAGUGUUAUCAGGCCUUGCUGAAGCAACUGCUGGAUGUGGACCUUCAGCCUCUCCCCAUCCUUCAUGGAUCAACAGUUCCAGAAUCUCUAAAGUCAAAGUUUGGAGGCUGGGAGAGUGAGAGGCUUUUAGAAGCCUUCCAGCAAUAUGCCGAGUUUGCCUUCCAGGAGUUUGGAGCUCUGGCACGCUCAUGGGUAAUACUGAGUGACUUGGGUGAUGUCUGGAAUGAGGCGGUGAAUGCUCCGAGUCUUCUGCAAAAUAUCCUUGAGCUGAACAAGAAUAUUCAUCAGAUCUACCAUCAACAAUUUCCUGGAAAAGGGAGACAUCUGUCACUUGGGCUAAAAGCAAAAGAUGCCGUCACACUUUCCCAAAUCAAAGCUUCAACAACCGUGGACUUCUUGUCAGUGCACAUUGAACAUAACUGUGCUUCAGAAAAUUUGGCCCAGGAGUUGAGGAACUUGCAGACAUCUGUGGGGAACUUGCCCCUCCUGAUCUACAAGUUGAACGUUCAUGAUUGUUCACAUAGCCAUCACCAGGUUCUUGGAGAGUUACUACAAGUUCUAAAGGAUAACAACUUGAAUAUCAUUGGAUGUGACGUAAAACAACUGGAAUUGCAAAAUCCUCCAAUCAAAAGACCAGAUAUUCCUGACUUGAAAAGGAUGACAGAUAUCACCAAUAGCUAUCAGAAGGUCUGGCAGAAGUUUGAGGGCCAAACUACAACCGAACGAGACCUUUUCCUUGCUAAAUCAUUCCCUUCCAAUUUCCAGUGGGCUACCUCAACAGAGUCUUUCAAAGUUGAAGGUGGCUGGUUAGAAGGGGGGAAAGGAGAAACUAUUUGGGACCGUUUUGGUCAUGAUGGUCUUGCCUUUGAAAAUCAGACUGCAGACCUAGCUUGUGACAGUUAUAAUAAGGUGGUAUAUGACCUUUAUCUGCUUCGGGGUCUACAAGUCAACACCUACCAGUUUUCUAUCUCCUGGGCCCGUAUUUUCCCGAAUGGCCACAGAGGGAGCCAAUCAGAGAAAGGGGCUCUCUACUAUGACAAACUGAUAAAUGCACUCAUUGAAAAUGGCAUACAACCUGUUGCUACUCUCUACCACUGGGAUCUGCCGCAGGCCCUCCAGGACAACGGCGGAUGGAACAACACUUCCAUUGUUGAAGCUUUCAAGGACUAUGCUGACUUUUGCUUCUCCAGGUUCGGAGACAGGGUCAAGACCUGGAACACAUUCAGCAGCCCUUGGGUGGUGAGCCAUGCUGGGUAUGGCACUGGGGAGCAUCCCCCUGGAGUAAAAGAUUAUGCAUUUUCUUCAUAUCAGGUCACUCAUAAUAUCCUCAAGUCCCAUGCUGAGGCCUGGCAUGUCUACAAUGACAAGUACAGAAAUACACAGGGUGGGAAAGUGGGCAUUGCUUUAAAUUCUGACUGGGCAAUGCCCAUGAAUGAGACUAAUCCCGAAGAUGCAGCGGCUGCUAAUCGCUACCUGCAGUUUAUGCUGGGAUGGUUUGCACAUCCUAUAUUUGUCAAUGGUGAUUAUCCUGCAGCACUUAAGACUCAGAUCGAACAGAAAAAAAAUGAGUGUCCCAGCUCUGUACCAGCAGUACUUCCAGUUUUCACUCCUGAAGAGAGCAAGAGGAUACAGGGAACUGCAGAUUUUUUUGGUUUAAACCAUUAUACAUCCCGUUUGGUUAGCAGCACUGAAGGUGGAUGCAUCGCAGGGCCUGCAGGCGUGGGAGACUUUCAGGCUCAUGUGGACCCCUCUUGGCCAUCUACAGCAUCUGACUGGAUUUACUCCGUGCCUCAGGGACUUCGGCACCUUUUAAACUACAUUUCAAAAGAAUAUUUGAAUACUUUGAAAGUGCCUAUAUACAUAACUGGGAAUGGGAUGCCAACAGUGGACAGUGGGGACACCCUUAAUGACACUAACAGAGUGGAGUACAUGCGGGAUUAUAUCAAUGAAGCCCUGAAAGCCAUAACCAUGGAUGGAGUUGAUGUGCAGAGAUUUACAGUGCAGUCACUCAUGGAUGGGUUUGAGGGAAAACAAGGCUACAGCCAAAGAUUUGGUCUUCACCACGUUAACUUUGAGGAUGGAGGGAGACCAAGAACCCCAAAGCAAUCUGCAUACUUCUAUGCUCAGGUUAUCAAGCAAAAUGGUUUUGGACCAAGCAAACACAGCGAUUUUCAAGGCUUAAAAAUACCAUUUACACGCCGCUCCACCACUCUUGCGCCCUCAGAGGUUCCAUCUAAAUCAAUGGUCGUUUGGGAAAAGUUCUCCCGCCAGUCAAAAUUUGACACACAAAUGUAUCACUAUGGCACUUUUUCACAAGAUUUCAUCUGGGGAGUAUCAUCCUCAGCUUACCAGAUUGAAGGAGGCUGGAAUGCUGAUGGAAAGGGUCCAAGUGUUUGGGAUACAUUCGCUCAAAAACCUGGCAGUAUUUUUGAAAAUGCUAAUGGAAAUGUUGCUUGUGACAGUUAUAAUAGACUGGAGGAAGACUUGUACAUGUUGCGAGCUCUCAGGGUGAAGUCCUAUCGAUUCUCUUUGUCUUGGUCCAGGAUCUUUCCUGAUGGCCUUCGUUCUUCCCUGAACCAGAAAGGUGUCGACUAUUACAAUAGACUUAUUGAUGGCCUCUUAGCACAUAAUAUCACCCCUAUGGUGACACUUUACCACUGGGACCUUCCUCAAGCUUUGCAAAACAUUGGUGGCUGGGACAAUGUCGGCAUGAUUGACAUCUUUAAUGACUUUUGUGACUUCUGUUUUUCCACCUUUGGCAAUAGAGUAAAAUUCUGGAUUACUUUUAAUCAGCCCCAAACAAUUGCAUGGUUGGGCUAUGGACUUGGGCAUAUCCCUCCAAAUGUUAGGGAUCCAGGAACUGCACCUUACAAAGUGGCACACAACCUAAUUAAAGCUCAUGCUAAGGCCUACCACACUUAUGACGACAAGUAUCGUGCGUCCCAAGGUGGUCUAAUAUCCAUUGCUCUCAAUGCUGACUGGUAUGAACCAAAAGAUAUCAAUGUCCCCCGUGACGUUGUGGCUGCUGACCGUGCACUGCAGUUCCAGCUUGGUUGGUUUGCACACCCUAUUUUCAAAAACGGUGACUAUCCUGACGCAAUGAAACAGCAAGUCCUGCAAAAAAGUGAACUCCAAGGUCUUUCAGCAUCAAGACUCCCUUCCUUCACUGAAGAAGAAAUGACCUCCAUCAGGGGAACCGCUGACGUGUUUUGUCUCAGUCACCAUACCACAAAAAGAGUUAGUCAUAUUACAGGUCUCCUUUCACCUGAGUCAUACCAACAUGACUGGGACUUUUUAGAGGAAGAACUGCUUGAAUAUCCCGGUACAUCUAUUCCAAAUCAGAGAGCUAUAUCAUGGGGCAUGAGAAGACUCCUCAAUUGGCUCAAGGAGGAGUAUGGAGAUCCUGACAUUUACAUCACUGAGAAUGGAGCGGCUACAUUCUAUGACACUGACAGAGUAUUUCAUUACAAAACCUAUGUUGAUGAGGUUCUAAAAGCUUACGAUCUUGAUGGAGUGAAGCUGAGAGGUUACAUAGCAACAUCACUUAUGGAUUCUUUUGAGUGGUUGAAUGGCUAUAGAGUUGGGUUUGGUUUUGGACUGAACCAAGUGGAUUUUGACAACCCUAACCGGCCAAGAACACCCCGGUAUUCGGCUCAUGUAUACCACCAAAUUAUGAAGGAUAACGGUUUUCCCCCAACAGAGGAUGAAAAGAUGAUUUAUGGAGAGUUCCCCAAAGAUUUUAUUUGGAGUAGUGCAACAGCAUCAUAUCAGAUUGAAGGAGCAUGGAGAGCAGAUGGAAAAGGUCUCAAUAUAUGGGAUCAGUUCUCUCACACACCUAACAAGGUGUUAUAUCAAGACACCGGAGACAUCGCCUGUAACAGUUAUAAUAAAUUAGAUGAUGAUAUUGCUAUUUUGAAGCAACUUAAGGUGUCCCAUUACCGCUUCUCCAUAUCCUGGGCGAGGGUACUUCCCGAUGGCACCACUGGUCACAUUAAUCAGGCUGGGCUAGACUACUAUAAUAGAGUUGUAGAUGCUCUGGUUGCUGCAAACAUCCAGCCGCAAGUUACACUGUACCACUGGGACCUUCCACAAGCUCUUCAGGAAACUGGGGGAUGGCUUAAUGAGACUAUCAUUCCCAGAUUCAGGGAUUAUGCUGACAUAAUGUUUGACACUCUUGGGGACAGAGUAAAACUUUGGAUCACCUUUAAUGAGCCAUACAUAAUCUCAGUGCUUGGUCAUGUGACUGGAGCACAUGCCCCAGGAGACUCCAGCCGCCCUGACCUCCAUCCUUACAUUGUUGCUCACAACAUUAUCAAAUCUCAUGCUGAGGCUUAUCAUGUCUACAAUGACAAGUAUCGACCCAAACAGAAUGGAUUGAUCUCCAUAACUGUCAACUCUGAUUGGGCAGAACCAAGGAACCCCAACAAGCAGGAGGACAUUGAUGCUGCUCGACGUGUGGUGCAGUGGUACCUUGGCUGGUUUGCCCAUCCAAUAUAUAAUGGAGAUUACAAUGAAAUGUUUAAGACAAUCAUUCGAGAGCGCAGUCUUGCUGCUGGUUUAUCACAAUCCAGGCUUCCCGAGUUUACACCUGAGGAAAUCAAAAGGAUUAAUGGUACUUUUGACUAUUUUGGUCUCAACCAUUACUGUUCUGUCCUUGCAUUUAAUGUGGACCAUGGCAACAAUCAACAUCUUGAGGCAGACAAGGGUGCUGGCGUCAUUUCCGAUCGCACUUGGUUGGAAACAGGCUCUUCAUGGCUGAGAAUAACACCGUUUGGCCUGCGCAGAUUACUGAGGUUCAUUAAAGAGGAGUUUGGAAAUCCCCCAAUCAUCAUCACUGAAAAUGGUGUCUCAGAGUCGGGUCCUGUUGAUCUGAAUGACCCUCACAGGGUUUACUUCUACAAAAACUAUAUCAACCAGGUGUUGAAAGCUUACUUGCUAGAUGGUGUGGACAUCCGCGGCUACACAGCUUGGUCACUGAUGGACAACCUUGAGUGGGCUGUUGGCUAUUCAGAGAGAUUUGGCCUUUUUUAUGUCAAUCGUUCAGAUCCUAAUCUGCCUCGAGUGGCCAAGAAUUCUGUGUCCUUCUUCAACAGUAUCAUAAGCUGCAACGGAUUCCCAGACCCAGCAUUAGGACCUCAUGAAUGCUUGAGCCCAGGCCCCGAAGGUAAACCUAUUCCUGUCUUCCCAGGUAGUAACCAGCCACAACAACACAAGCAACAAGCUCACACACAACAGCAGUACCAGCAACAAGUACCAGCGCACAAACAACAAGUUCAUCAACUGCCAGUGUUGUGGAGUUCCUGGGUAGGAAACUCUCGGUCAGUGAAGCUGCAACUGGGCUUAAUACCACAUUUGCUCUUCUCAUUGUUGCAGUGUUUGGCAUUAUAG